CAGGUCUCUGGAUGGCAGACUCUGAAAAGAAAUGCAGUUUUAAGAGACACCAAAGAUGCUGACGAGAAAGAUAAAGCUUUGGGACAUCAAUGCCCAUAUCACCUGCCGUCUGUGCAAUGGUUACCUUAUUGAUGCUACCACUGUAACAGAAUGCUUGCAUACCUUCUGCAGGAGUUGCUUGGUAAAGUAUUUGGAGGAAAAUAAUACCUGUCCCACGUGCAGGAUAGUUAUACAUCAGAGCCAUCCACUACAAUAUAUUGGUCAUGACAGAACAAUGCAAGACAUUGUUUACAAACUUGUUCCAGGUCUUCAAGAAGCGGAAAUGAGAAAGCAGAGGGAAUUCUAUCACAAAUUGGGCAUGGAAGUGCCAGGUGACAUCAAGGGGGAGACAUGCUCAGCUAAACAACAUUUAGAAUCCCACCGUAAUGGGGAAACAAAAGCAGAUGAAAAUACAAACAAAGAAACAUCAGAAGAAAAACAGGAAGAAGAUAAUGAUUAUCACAGAAGCGAUGAACAGGUAAGCAUCUGUUUGGAAUGCAACAGCAGCAAAUUACGUGGACUGAAGAGAAAAUGGAUUCGCUGCUCAGCACAAGCAACAGUUUUGCAUCUAAAGAAGUUCAUUGCCAAAAAGCUUAAUCUUUCUUCAUUUAAUGAGCUGGAUAUAUUAUGCAAUGAAGAAAUUCUGGGCAAGGACCACACUCUCAAAUUUGUAGUUGUUACAAGAUGGAGAUUUAAGAAAGCACCUCUACUGCUACAUUACAGACCCAAAAUGGACUUGCUGUAAGAACUAUUUUGUCCUUCUGGACGGUUUUUUGCAGAGACUAUCGUUGGGCACCUUCUUAGUGCGACAUGCAGUUCACCUGUGACACAGACCAGCAGAAUCCAUUUCUAAAAACAGGAGUGCUAUUCCAUUCAGCCAUCCUGAAUAUUUCUCCGAGGGAUGCAUUUACCCAACUUUCUGGAUAGAAAAUUAUUUAUACUUUUUUCUACAAAAAAAAUUAAAUAAAAAAUAAAAAAUAAAGGAAAUUGCAGCUUGAGAGGACGCUACCAGCAUGAAGUUUACAGACACUGAAAACACUUCACAGUUCUCCGUAUGAGCUCAGUUCUUGGUCACCAUCUUGCAAAAAUGCAAAGUAGGUUUAAGAUGAUGUGACAGAGAUCAUUUUGUAUUUUUUUUGGUCACUUAAAAAUCCUUGGGUUGCAUCACAAAUCAAAGUAACUAUAGCUUUUUUGUUAUUUGUAAGGUUUUCUGUUUCUUAUACCUCAUGGCAUUUUUUUCUGUUAUUUAGCCCUUUGUAGAUUUUUUAACAUGGACAAAGAUAUAACGGUGGGCAGUAAUGUUGCUCCGUGACACGAUUCUAGAUUAACCCCUAUUGUUCCUCUGCUGGCUCAUCUCAUUGAGGUUCCUGGAUGAGUUUUAAUUCCUUCCAUUUUGUUGAAAAAUUUCAGCUCCUGGCAAAUGGCUGAAUGUUUAGAAAGAACCUUCAUUUGGGGUGUAUGUGGCUUACAUAGGUUGUGGGGUGGUGGUAUUGGACUCGGGGUGAGAUUUGCCUUUCACUAAAUGAAACAAGCUGUUGGCAGCCUUAACUACUUGAACUCGAGUAUUGUUUCUUUGAACAGCAAACUCAACUAAUGCACAUGUGCAUUCAUAUACUGACCUUUCUGCUGGGUUUUGGGUUUGCCCAAAAAGAACAUGGUGUUUUCCUAAUUCACUAAUGAACCAUCUCUAUAUGGUCAGUUUCAUACAUUUUGAUUUUUUCUUCUUUGAAAAAGUCCACCCCUUAGGGAGGCUUUGUCCCCUCUUAACUAUGUAAGUGCCACCCUUCCAGAGAGAAUAGCUUUAAAAGGUAAAUGCUGCUCUCUUUUAAGUGUUUUGAGAUUUUUAUUUAAAACACAAAAAGUUCUUAUCCAGAGGUGACUUCUCAAGUUUGCACCAUACAAAAAAAUGGUAAUAGGACAAAGGAUCUGUCCUCCUUCACUGAUAAUGGGCAUGUUUUUCCUUCUGGAGCUGUGUCAUUAUUUUAAAUGGUCCAGCAUGGACUGCACCCAAGAACAUGCACACAUGGGUACGUGUGUGCACACACAAACACACACAUUGUUGCAUGCAUCCCUCCAUACUGGCAUGACAUCUGUGUCUCUCUUCUCCAUGUGCACAUACACACGCAGAGGCAUGUCUAUACUCUGCAUGGGCACAAAUCUGCCUUCUUUCAGGCUCCAACUUGGUUGGCGUUCAUACAAAGCAAGGAGGAAACUGCUUCCCCAAAUGGUGGGCCAGAGAGUAUUCUUCUUUCUUUUUGUUCUGUUUCUGAAGGAUAUUGCCUUCAGUGAAGUCUUAUUCCUCUCUGUACCUUAUAGUGGGUGUGUAUGUGUCCAUUUGGGCCCCCUGGGGUGCAGGGAGCAGCCAGAUAAAGGUCAUGGGCAGGCUGUGUUGCAGAGAGACCAACAGGAAGGUGAGGAGACUUGGCAGAAGGCCUUUUCUGCUUUGAGAACUGGUUCCUGAAUCUUGAAUAUCCCUAACCUAUAGAAGAUUGCCACUCUUUGCUAUUUGUUUUUUUUAGCACUGUUCUUCUGUAGUAAAGGGUGAGGGCAAACAGUUUUCAAUUUUGGAACAAGUUCAGGCAGGAUACAAAGAGAAGAUACGUGACUGGGGUGUGGCCCAGUUAACAAUCCCUAAAUAAUAUAGAUGCAAGGAAGGAAAUAAGUGCAUUAUCAAGUAAAUACAAAUGUGAGACAGGGAUCUGACAUUUUGUCUUGUUGGGUGAUUUUGAAAUCAGUUAUCCCUAUUUAUUCAUUUCAGUUAACAUUGAUUUGGAGAAAUUCCCAAUAGGUCUCAUGUUUUCAAAUGUCACACUAGACACUCUGAUUCCCUUUGGACAGAAGGAGAUGAAAGAGUUUCCUUUUCUAGUUCUGCAGUGUUCCAUCAGCGUGAGCUGCUUUUCCAAAUCCUCCUCCUUUAUGGCAGUUUCUCUUGCUUCUCCUACCCGCACAUGGAGUAUGUUGGGAGCCAUUCUCUGCAAAGGAAGCUCUGUAACACACACACACACACACACACACCGAUCACUAAGAACUUGAUG